AUGUCUAUCACUCCUGCGAACUCUUCUGGUUACGAUACUCCUGUCUCUGACUUGGAGUCUAUCGUCCCCGUCCACCCAACUGCUGCCCGUCGUCCCAACUACAUCACCGUUCAGUCCGAGAAUACGGUCUAUACAAAUGAUCAUAUCACUGCCAAAUACUCUUACCGCGGCGCUGACGUUGUUGUAUCGGAUGGUCAGUUCACUGUCACUCCUACUGUGAAGCCUUUCGAGUUCCAGACCGAGCGUAAGGUUGGGAAGACAGGGUUGAUGAUGAUCGGUAUGGGUGGUAAUAAUGGCACUACGCUCUGUGCCACUAUCUUGGCGAACAAGCAUAAUAUCUCGUGGCACACCAAGGAGGGUAUUCAACAACCUAACUAUAUAGGUUCCGUCCUUCGGGCAUCUACGGAAGUGCACCUUCCUCUUUCGGACGUCCUUCCUAUGGUGCACCCUAAUGAUCUAGUUCUUGGUGGGUGGGAUAUCUCCGGUGUGCCUAUGGACAAGGCUAUGGAACGUGCCUGUGUGCUCGACUACGAUCUUCAGCGCCAGGUCGUGCCCCAUAUGGCCCUUCUUGGUCGUCCUCUCCCUUCCAUCUACUAUCCCGAUUUCAUUGCAGCCAACCAAGAGGCCCGGGCUGACAAUGUGAUUCCCGGUACCGAUAAGCAGGUUCACCUUGAACACAUCCGGUCCGACAUCCGUCGUUUCAAGGCAGAAAAUAGUCUGGACCGUGUUGUCGUGUUCUGGACUGCCAACACCGAGCGGUACAGCGACAUCGUUCCUGCUAUCCGAUCUUCCCACUCUGAAGUCUCGCCUUCUACGCUUUUCGCGGUCGCUGCCAUCCUCGAAGGGGAGCCAACUACCUUCGUGCCUGGUGUCAUUGAACUUGCUGAACGUUACAAGUCUUUCAUUGGUGGGGACGACCUGAAGUCGGGCCAAACCAAACUCAAGUCUGUCCUUGCUGAAUUCCUUGUGAAUGCUGGCAUCAAGCCUCUUUCCAUCGCGUCCUACAACCAUCUUGGUAAUAACGAUGGACACAACUUGAGUGCGGAGCGUCACCACCCUGCACCAGGUGCUACUGGUAAAGGGGCUAAAGGCGAACACCCCGACCACAUUGUCGUCAUCAAAUAUGUGCCUGCAGUUGGGGACUCGAAGAGAGCUAUCGACGAGUACUACUCCGAGAUUUUCUGCGGCGGAAGACAGACCAUUAACAUUUUCAAUGAGUGCGAGGAUUCCUUGUUGGCGACGCCUCUGAUUCUGGAUCUGACCAUCCUCACCGAGCUUUUGACCCGUAUCAAGUAUCGUGAUUUGUCGGUGGGCCAGGUCAAAUUUGCUCCCUUGUAUCCAGUUCUGUCGCUCCUUUCCUACAUGUGCAAAGCUCCAUUGGUCAAGCCAGGUACCGAUGUUGUCAACAGCUUGGGCAGGCAACGCAAUGCGCUUGAUGCCUUCCUUAAGGCCUGUAUCGGUCUGGAGGCCAACGGUGACCUGCUCCUCGAGACUCGUAUCUGGUAAAGAUUUGUAAGGUCGAAGUGGGUUUAGGAUAUUAUCAACUCGCGAUAGAUACACUAACGGUACAGUUUCAACAACUGUGCAUCUCAGAUAUGUAUGAUAGACAUUCAACUGUACGCGUAUCUAUCUUGUUCAAUUUUGUUCGUGCUGCGUUGCCAAAUCGAUGAUUCUAAUUCUUGCGCCACAUUAUCCUUCAUCGA